UUAUUCUUAGACUCUUCUUAGCUCUUUUCUAAUGUUUCUAAUCAUCUUAUCAUUUUCUAGGGGAAAAUGCUGAUAUUGUUAUUGGAGUUUGGUUGAUACUAUAGGUCAUUUUGGGUUUCAGGUCCGCUGUUCACGACCCGUUCAAACUUCCCCGGAACGCACCCGGGGCCAGCAGCCACCAGCCUUUCAUUGGGAGAGAAAGAGGAGCAGUGACUAAAAACGGAGCCCUGACUUCUCAACAAGCACUGCAGGGAGGAGGCAACAGAGCCCCACUCUGUCUUCCUAGGAUUCUGUUUCUCCAGAAGGAAAGGGAAAAUGAGCUUGUUCAAGGAGGCAGUGACGUUCAGGGAUGUGGCAGUGGCCUUCACGGAGGAGGAGCUGGGACUGCUGGACUCUGCCCAGAGGAAGCUGUACCAGGAUGUGAUGUUAGAAAACUUCAGGAACCUGGUCUCCGUGGGACACCAAUCCUUGAAACAAGAUAAAUGGCGUAUAGAAAGAGAAGAGAAGCUUUGGUCGAUGAAGACCGCAGCCCAGAUGGAGAGAAAUGUGGGAGGGAACAGUCAAAGUGAGCUGAGGACUCUUCAAGACAGAGGACCACGUGAAGAGCUUUCCUGCUGGCAAAUCUGGCAACACAUCGCAAGUGACCUAACCAGAUGGCAGAACUCCAUGAGAAAUAGUUCUCAGUUUCACAAGCAGGGUGAUUCCCCCUGCCAGCUUGGAGCGGGACUGUCUAUUCAGAUUUCUGAAGAUGAGAACUAUAUGCUAAAUUGUAAAGUGGCUGGUCCCAGUGGUACUGAAAACUCAGAGUUUCCAAUUCUGAGAGUCCAGGACUCUUGGAGGAAAACGUCUUUGGCCGAGUCGCAGAGUUACCAGAACAGAUAUCAGCAAAUUUCCAUGAAAAAUCAUCUGUGUCGGUGUAAACAAGAUGUUGACGUGAUCGGUUGGAUUUCACAUCCCCUUAAUCAUGGAAUACACAGAAGUGACAAAUCUUAUUGCCACGAUGAUUAUGAGAAAGACGGCAUGAAGGUUUCAGCAUUGAACCAGGAUAGUGUGAUUCACACAGGACAGAAACCUUACCGAUGUAAUGAAUGUGAAAAAACCUUCAGUGACCUCUCCAGCUUUGAUCUUCAUAAACAGUUACACUCAAAGGUGAAGUCUCAUACAUGUAGUGAGUGUGGGAAAGGCUUCCGUUACAGCUCAGUUCUUCGUAUUCAUCAGAGAGUUCACGUGGGACAGAAAGGCUAUACGUGUGGUGAGUGCGGCAAGGGAUUCAGUCAGAACUCACUUCUGCAAACCCAUCAGAAUGUCCACACUGUAGAGAAGCCAUUCAAAUGUGAGGACUGUGGGAAAGCCUUUGGUCGUAGAUCAGCACUUACCGUUCAUUGCAAAGUCCACACAGGAGAAAAACCGUAUAGUUGUGAGGAGUGUGGGAGGGCCUUCAGUCAGGCCUCUCAUCUGCAGGACCAUCAGAGGGUCCACACUGGGGAGAAACCAUUCAGAUGUGAUGCGUGUGGUAAAAGCUUCAGUCGGAAUUCACAUCUUCAAUCCCAUCAGAGAGUCCAUACAGGAGAGAAACCAUACAAAUGUGAGGAGUGUGGGAAGGGCUUCAUUUGUAGCUCAAAUCUAUACAUUCAUCAGAGGGUCCACACGGGCGAAAAGCCCUACAAAUGUGAGGAAUGUGGUAAAGGCUUUAGUCGGCCUUCAAGUCUUCAGGCCCAUCAGGGAGUCCACACUGGAGAGAAAUCCUACAUAUGUAAUGUGUGUGGUAAAGGCUUUACUCUGAGUUCAAAUCUUCAAGCCCAUCAGAGAGUCCAUACAGGAGAAAAACCAUACAAAUGCAAUGAGUGUGGGAAGAGCUUCAGGAGGAACUCCCAUUAUCAAGUUCAUCUGGUAGUCCACACAGGGGAGAAACCCUACAAAUGUGAGGUAUGUGGGAAGGGCUUCAGUCAGGGUUCAUAUCUUCAAAUCCAUCUGAAGGCCCACAGCGUGGAGAAACCUUACAAGUGUGAGGAAUGCGGGCAGGGCUUCAAUCAGAGUUCCCGACUUCAGAUUCACCAGCUGAUCCACACCGGAGAGAAGCCACACAAAUGUGAAGAGUGUGGGAAGGGAUUCAGUCGUAGAGCAGAUCUCAAAAUCCACUGCAGAAUCCACACAGGAGAGAAACCAUUUAAUUGUGAGGAGUGUGGGAAGGUAUUCAGGCAGGCCUCAAAUCUUCUGGCUCAUCAGAGAGUCCACAGCGGAGAGAAACCUUUCAAGUGUGCAGAGUGCGGGAAGAGCUUUGGUCGCAGUUCACACCUGCAAGCCCAUCAAAAAGUGCACACCGGAGAAAAGCCAUACAAGUGUGAGGAGUGUGGGAAGGGCUUCAAGUGGAGCUUGAAUCUGGACAUGCAUCAGAGGGUCCACACGGGAGAGAAACCCUACAAGUGUGGGGAGUGUGGGAAGCACUUCAGUCAGGCCUCAAGUCUUCAGCUGCAUCAGAGCGUCCACACUGGAGAGAAACCGUACAAAUGUGAUGUGUGCGGCAAGGUCUUCAGUCGCUCUUCGCAGCUACAGUCUCAUCAGAGAGUUCACACGGGGGAGAAACCUUACAAGUGUGAGACCUGUGGUAAGAGCUUCAGCUGGCGAUCCAACCUUACCAUUCAUCACAGGAUCCACGCCGGUGAUAAAUCUUACAAAAGCAAUAGGAGUGGUAAGAACAGCAGAGAAUCUACCCAGGAAAAUAGUUGCAUAAAAUGAUUUUUUAAAAAGAAAACCCCAGUGUCCCGUGAAUUCUUCCAAUCAUAAAGUUCAGAAGAACUUGUUUGUUUCACUAAAGUCAGUGUUCAGCCCCAGCUUAACAUAUCCCAGUAGUCAGGAGGCCACGCAGCAGAGAAUGCUUGUGGGUUGUAUAGCGAAGUACAGUUUGAACUUUGAGCUUUAUUAUUAAAUACUAUUCAGGGGAGAGGCUUUGGAAAGUACAAGUUUUAUCAGGCCUUGUACAGAAGUCUGAUGGACAUGCUAGAACGAAUGCCCGUUAGAAUGUAAGCUCCAUAAAUGCAGCGACUUGUUCUGGAUCUGCAGAGUCUUAACAUGCUGGGGACUUUGGAGGUGCUCAGUGUUUGUUAAAUUAAUGAAUGGGGAAAAUGGCUUAUUUGAAAAUUGUGUUGAGAUCACCUCCGGAAUUUCACAAAAAUUUAUAUUCAGAAGAGGUGACCUAAAAUCGGCCUUAAUGAAAUUAGUUCAGGGAGACAGUUGAACUGAGACCACUCAGUACUGCAGUCUGUCCUGGUAGUUUGACGUUGCCCUGUUGUGAUGAGCUCCUGUCUUCUCCAGCCUCUCAUCAGGUUGGGUCUUAUCAUUGGACCUUGAACUUAGUCUGCAUAAAAUCAAUAGAAUCCCAGACAGUUACCUUUUGUGACAGCAUAGACCAAAAAAUUGCUGAUCUUACAAUAAUAAGACCUUAACACUGUCGAUUAUUAUUUUCAAGAAUAUCAAAGCAGGGGUUUAAGUGUCAAAGUUCCACUAAUGACACACAUCUCUUAGUAAAUGUUGAAUUGAUCAUUGGUGUCUUAUUCUCCAUAUUUCCAUCCAGACUUUGACGUCAUUGCCUUCUAAGGGUUUUAGCAUUACU